CUGUGCACGCACAAAUUCGAUACACACACUGAGGAGAUCCGCCACCACCUCCAGCAGCAGAUCCCCGUCCGCCGCCACCAACCACCGCCCGUCUACACAACCUCGGCACUCCCGUCGCUGCCUGUCGACUGCCGUCUGCCGUCCGCCAGUCUCGCCACCGCCAGCCCAUCACUUUCCCACCACAAUCACCUACCAAUAUGUUUACAGCCUGAUCCUUUCCUUAAUGAGCUCACCAACAUGUUCGAACGGACCAGAGAGAAGGGUUCUGAGUGGGUUACUUUAAAACAUUGUUCCAGCAUCUGACAAGUCGAAGGUGAAAAGAAAUAAGAUGAAGUUGCUGGUGAGAUGAUUGAGUACAAGUGCCUCAUUCGAGCU